UUGAAGGUCUAGUCACAGGGCAUUUCCAAGAGCUCUAUCUUUGUCGGAUCAAGCCCUCACAGUUCAUCAGCCAUCUCUGGAGCACACGCAAUGUUGAAUUCACACUGUUGAAAUUACGAGUAUAAUCGUUCGCUCUGAUGCUUGAACUAUGAAUCCAAGGCUUGAAUCUUGAGAAUUGAAGAACGAAUAGAGUACCAGAAUGCACGCAAAGUUCACAGCAACCUGCUUUAAGCCAUCGCCAAUCUUCCAUGGAAAAUUAAAAUUUCCCGAGAUUAAGUGCUGUGCUAGGAAUUCUCCCCCUUCAUCAUCUUCUCCUUCUUCCUCAGACCACAAGUUUCGUGGAUUCAAGCUCGCGGGUGCAAAUAGAUGGAAGCUCUACGACGUUGAUGCCGCUGCACUGCAAGGAACCUUGAACCAUUGGCUAUCAAAGACCCAAGACUUCUUGAAUGAAGUGACGACUCCCCUGGUGAAAACUGUACAUGAUAGAAAGCCUAAUCCCGGAAAUGUAUUUGAUACUCAAGAUACAGAGGACAUCUUCAUGGCAGAACAAACAAUUGAUAGUAGAACACCCAAUGGAUAUCUUUCUUUAGCUGCCAUCGUUUCCAUUGAGCAAUUUAGCAGGAUGAAUGGAUUGACAGGGAUGAAAAUGCAGAAGAUAUUUAAAGCACUUGUUCCUGAAUCUGUAUAUAGUGAUGCUCGUAAUUUGGUGGAGUAUUGCUGCUUUAGGUUUUUGUCUAGAGAUAGUUCUGAAAUCCAUCCAUGUCUCAAGGAACCGGCAUUUCAAAGAUUGAUUUUUAUAACUAUGCUUGCCUGGGAGAAACCUUACAGUAAAGGGAAUAAUCCUCAUGACGUUGCCUCAGAAAAAGCUUCUUUUCAGAGGAGGUGUGUGCAAGAGGCGGCUUUUAUUCGUGUUGCCCCUGCGAUUUCUGGAUUGUCUGAUCGGUCAACAGCACAUAACCUUUUCAAGGCUCUCGCUGGUGAUGAAUGGGGCAUCUCCUUCAGCACAUGGUCCACAUAUAUUAAUGAACUUCUGAAGGUGCAUGAAGGACGAAAAAUUUACCAAUUUCAAGAAGGCCCCCAGCUUUCCAGUGAGAGAAUUCUUUGCCUUGGUUCAAACAGGAAGCGACCUGUUUUGAAAUGGGACAAUAAAAUGGCUUGGCCAGGAAAACUUACUUUGACUGAUAAGGCACUUUACUUUGAGGGACUGGUCGGGCAAAAGGGUACUAUAAGACUGGAUCUUACAAGACGUGACUCAAGGGUUGACAAAACAAGGGUUGGGCCUUUGGGAUCUGAUCUUUUUGACUCUGCGAUUUCUGUUACUACUGGAGAAGAGUCCAAAACUUGGGUACUUGAAUUUGUUGACUUGGGAGGUGAAAUGAGACGGGAUGUGUGGUAUGCAUUUAUUCGUGAAGUUAUUGCUUUACAUAAGUUCAUUGGGGAGUUUGGACCAAUGGAUGGUGAUCAAUCAGUUUAUCAUGUGUAUGGCGCACAUAAAGGGAAGGAAAAGGCUACUGUCUAUGCUAUUAAUGGCAUUGCACGACUUCAGGCUCUUCAGUUUAUGCGUAAGAUUGUGGAAGAUCCCCUUAAACUUGUCCAGUUCUCAUAUCUGCAAACUGCACCCUUUGGUGACUUAGUUUGCCAAACUCUAGCUGUAAAUUGUUGGGGUGGCCAAUUGGUUUCAAAAUUCACAGAGGAAGGGUAUGGUCAGGGUCUGAGAAUCUCCGAGGAAGAACCUGAAAGUAUCAAUCAUGUGUUUGAUGUAGAUGGAAGUGUAUAUUUGCGGAAAUGGAUGAGAUCUCCAUCAUGGGCUUCUAGUGCUUCAGUUGCCUUUUGGAAGAACUCUUCAGUAAGACAAGGGGUAGUGUUGAAUAAAAAUAUUGUUGUGGCUGAUAUGAGUUUGAUAGAAAAGGCAGCUAUUUCAUGCAGAGAAAAGUACAGGGAAGUGGAAAAAACACAAGCCACUAUUGAUGCUGCCAUGAUUGAAGGGAUACCCAGUAACAUUGACCUUUUCAAGGAACUGGUGCUACCCUUGACUCUUACUGCCAAAAGUAUUGACAAACUUAGGCGUUGGGAGGAGCCUCACUUGACUGCAGCUUUUCUUGCAUUUGCCUAUGCUAUUAUUUUCAGAAACUUGCUGUCCUUUAUAUUCCCUACGGCAUUGAUGAUCCUGGCUGCUGGCAUGUUAUUAUUAAAGGGGCUGAGGGAGCAAGGCCGCCUUGGUCGAUAUUUUGGGAAAGUCACAAUAUGUGAUCAGCCACCGUCAAAUACCAUUCAAAAGAUAAUUGCUCUGAAAGAGGCCAUGCGUGAAGUGGAAAAGUAUCUCCAAAAUCUAAAUGUUUCACUGCUAAAAAUACGUACAAUCCUUCUGGCAGGACAACCUCAGAGAACAACUGAGAUUGCUCUGGUCCUGUUAAUGAGUUCGGCAGUCCUCCUUGUUGUCCCUUUCAAGUUCAUUCUUGCUUUCCUUCUCUUUGAUCUCUUCACCCGGGAACUCGAGUUAAGGAGAGGAAUGGUCACGAGAUUCAUGAGUCUGCUGAAGGAGCGGUGGGAUGCGGUGCCUGCUGCCCCUGUGGUUGUCUUACCUUACCAGGGUGAAGAGCACAAGUCACUAACUCAAGCUGGAGAAACCAGUGACAGCUCAGAUUGGAGCAAUAGUAAGUUUGGAUAAAUUUUGGCAUAUACAUCCCACUCAUAGUAAUGAAAAGAUAUGUAGUACCUUAGUUUGAAGAAAAUAGGAACCCCAAUAUACAGUUUUGUAUCAUUUUGUACAUACAAAUCUGUAGUUCAACUUCCAUGGAAUUAUCUCCAUGAUAGAUUGACAUUUGCAGAAAAAGUAUGUCAUUUGAAGUGUAAACCCUCUACUUGAAUCGGCUUCAUCACGAAGGAGUUGUUUGUUUGUA